AUGUUCUAUUCGCACACGAUAUUGGCUCGGAAGGGCCCUUUGGGUACCGUUUGGUGCGCUGCCCAUCUCCAACACCGUCUCAAGAAGUCCCAUUACGCCGCCACCGAUAUCCCCUCCACCGUCGAUCGCAUUAUGUUUCCUGAGGUUCCUAUUGCCCUCAGAAUGUCUGGCCACCUUCUACUAGGGGUUGUUCGGAUUUACUCAAAGAAAGUCGAGUAUCUUCACCACGACUGUAAUGUCGUAUUGAAUGGCCUUAAGAAGGCCUUUGUUUCUAUAGACUUGACCUUGUCAGAGAACGCAAUGCAAGCACCGCUCCAGUCCAUCACAAUGCCUGAAAAUUAUAACCUUGAUGCUUUCGAUUGCGGUGUCGACUUUGAUUAUGACGGGGCUCACAACGAUCAUCAAGGGAAUCAGGAGGAUAUCACACUAACAGAACAAUUUCCAAUUGCAACAAACCCAUAUGUUGCUAUAGAUUUUGAUGAGGAUAUCCAGAUGAUGGAGGAUCAAUCACAUCCAAUUGAGGAUUUUGGUUCACAUGAUGCCCCUAUGGAUGUCGACACCGUCCCCCCACAUCCGGAACAGGGUACUCAUAGUCCAGUCAAUCUGACAGAUGAACAAACAAUUCAUAAUGAUGAAGUAAACCUUCAAGGUUUUCAAGGAAUUUCUGGUGUUCCCAGUCCCACUGACACACAAAGGAGGCUUAGCGAUGAUUUUACCAUUCCAGACCGUCCAGAAACCGAGACUCAGAUGGAUUUUGGAUGUCAAGAUCCUGGACCAACUCAGCAUACAGAAAUUCUUAAUUUGAGUCCUGUUCCAGAAAUAGAAACUCAACGCAAUGCAGUUUCUGAUAGAAACUCAGAAACCUUUCUAUUAUCUUCAAGUCAUGGGAAGGAUGUUACUGAAUUACUUGAUCCACCAACAAAUGAGAAAGCCAAUCUUUCUCCAAUUACGGAUGGAAGUACACAUUCUAUUGGGCCAUCUCCAGCGGUUCAACAAAGUUCCGGAACACCAGCUUCUGUUGCUUCAUUCUCAGAGGGUCGAAUGAAUAUCAAUACAUCUGUUUCACUUGCAAUUCAAUCAACACCUCGUAUUGAACAGCCACCUAUUGAACAGCCACUUAUUGCGCAUCCAAGAGCAAGGAAAAGAAAAAAGCAGUACUUUGAUGAUCCUGUUGUGUUAUCUAAUAAGUUUAUUGGGAAGACAAUUAAAGAUGCCAGUGACUUGAAGCGCAAAAGGAAGAAGCUUCCGUCUUCUACAUUGGGUAUUUGGAAGUUGACCAAUGUUUUAAGAAAGGAACAAGCUUUCCUUCAGCUUUCAUUAACUGGGUUAUGCUCUGAUCUUUGUAACAUUUACAACAAAACAUACAUAUCUACAAAAUCCUAUUUGUUUGAGGAAGCUCUUCCAGAGCCUAGGCCAACAUCUGCUUCACCUACAACCGAAGUGGUCUCCGAAGAUAGGGUUGCAGUAUCUCCUUUUCCUCCUUUCCCUCCUCUUACGACUGAUGUCUCCCCAGAGCAUGGAGUUGGAGACUCUGUCCCUGCCAAUGAAGCUUCCCCAGUGUAUAACGGUCCACAAUCCCAUUUUUCCCCUGCUAAUGGGUGUGAAGACAUUGAACACUUUAGAGGUGUUGAAUAUGAUGGGGUCAAUAUUGUACCCGAUUCGCCUAUAAUAAAGCAUGCUUCCUUGAUGAUAGAUGAUGAUACUCCUGCCCCAUCAAAAAUGGGGUCAGCUUCAGUUCCUUCACUGGAAACAAAUAGUGGAACUCAUAUUCUGCAGACACCAGAUUUAACAGUGUCACCCGGAUAUAGAGAGUCUGAAUUUGGAACACCAAUGUCAACUUCAGAGAAGGGGGUACAUCCUGAGUACACAGUUAUUUCACAAAAUGUUGAGUCAACUAUUGCUGAACCAGAAGAUCUUUGGUUUCUGGAGGCAGAUGAUCGUACACCAGCUGGUUCUCAAGGGACAGAAGGAGUUGAUUCAUUGUCGGUCAGAACCAGGGCUGUGGCUCAAUAUUUGAAAAGCCAAUCUCCAGAAGACCUAUCUAGUGAUCUCAGCUUGAACAAAAUUUUAGAAGGAAAAAGAAGAAAGCUUUGUGCUAGAAUGUUCUUUGAAACACUGGUCUUGAAGAGUUAUGAUCUUAUUGAUGUAAAGCAAGAAGUCCCUUAUGGUGACAUUAGUUUGAAGUUGACUCAAACCCUUUCAAAGAUCUAA